UAUAUCUAACCAAUUGCAUACGCAACACAUGGUUUUGCUCAGUUAGGUUAACGCAUCAUCCACCUCUUUUUUACAGUUACACCUAACCUCAUUUGAUUUCAUAUCUCUUCUUUGUUUUUGCCUCCUUCCCUUACUCACUCACUCCGUCACUCUCUCACAAAUCAGGAAUAUGGGAAGCACCCCAGAUGCCAAGUGGAAAUUGGCUGAUCACCCAAAGCUGCCAAAGGGAAAGCCAGUUGCUGUGGUGGUUUUGGAUGGAUGGGGUGAGGCCAACGCUGAUCAGUACAACUGUAUCCACACCGCUGAAACUCCAACCAUGGAUUCCCUCAAAAAGGGUGCACCUGAAAGGUGGAGAUUGGUGAGGGCUCAUGGUACUGCUGUGGGACUUCCUACAGAGGAUGACAUGGGCAACAGUGAAGUCGGUCACAAUGCUCUUGGUGCUGGCCGCAUCUUUGCUCAAGGUGCCAAGCUUGUGGACCUUGCUCUUGAAUCUGGAAAAAUUUAUGAAGGAGAAGGCUUCAAGUACAUACAGGAAAGUUUUGCCAAUGGCACAUUGCAUCUCAUUGGGUUGUUGAGUGAUGGUGGAGUCCAUUCCCGACUUGAUCAGUUGCAGUUGUUGCUUAAAGGUGUUAGUGAGCGAGGUGUUAAGAGAGUCCGCGUACACAUUCUUACAGAUGGUCGUGAUGUUUUGGAUGGCUCAAGUGUCGGAUUUGUAGAAACUCUUGAAAAUGAUCUUGCCAAGUUGCGUGAGAAGGGUAUUGAUGCAAGAAUUGCAUCAGGUGGGGGUCGUAUGCAUGUUACAAUGGAUCGAUAUGAGAAUGACUGGAAUGUUGUGAAACGAGGGUGGGAUGCUCAAGUUCUUGGCGAAGCCCCUCAUAAGUUUAAAAGUGCUCUUGAAGCUGUCAAGAAACUAAGAGCAGAACCAAAAGCCAAUGAUCAGUACCUGCCUCCUUUUGUCAUUGUUGAUGAUAAUGGGAAGGCUGUUGGACCAAUUGUUGAUGGUGAUGCAGUUGUUACAUUCAACUUCCGGGCAGAUCGUAUGGUUAUGAUUGCCAAGUCUCUUGAAUACGAAGACUUUGAUAAAUUUGAUAGAGUCCGUUUCCCCAAGAUUCGCUAUGCUGGAAUGCUUCAGUACGAUGGUGAAUUGAAGCUUCCCAGUCAUUAUCUUGUUUCUCCACCAGAAAUUGACAGGACUUCUGGUGAAUUCUUGGUGCAUAAUGGUGUUAGGACUUUUGCAUGCAGUGAGACUGUUAAAUUUGGUCAUGUCACAUUCUUCUGGAAUGGAAACCGCUCUGGCUAUUUUAAUAAACAACUGGAGGAAUAUGUGGAAAUUCCUAGUGACAUUGGGAUUACAUUCAAUGUACAACCAAAAAUGAAGGCACUGGAGAUUGCUGAAAAGGCUAGGGAUGCCAUUCUUAGUCGGAAAUUUGAUCAGAUCCGUGUCAACCUACCAAAUGGUGACAUGGUGGGGCAUACAGGUGAUAUUGAAGCAACAGUUGUGGCUUGCAAGGCUGCUGAUGAAGCAGUGAAGAUGAUUCUUGAUGCAAUUGAACAAGUAGGUGGAAUUUAUGUCGUCACUGCUGACCAUGGCAAUGCAGAGGACAUGGUCAAGAGAGACAAAUCGGGAAAGCCUCUUCUUGACAAGGAGGGAAAGAUUCAGAUUCUUACUUCACAUACCCUUCAGCCGGUGCCUAUUGCCAUUGGAGGUCCUGGAUUGGCCCCUGGGGUCAGGUUCAGAAAUGACGUUCCCGACGGUGGGCUGGCCAAUGUAGCUGCGACUGUGAUGAAUCUUCAUGGAUUUGUGGCUCCCAGUGACUAUGAGACAACUCUCAUUGAAGUAGUUGAUAAGUAGAAAAUCGUUAGAUAAACUAUAAUGUGCACAACUACAGGGAAGGCUGGAGAUUGCAGCCCUUUUAAAUAAUUCGAAAGUUUUCGUCUCCUCCACACAUAUGGCGGGGUUUUGAUUUUUCAUUUUUUGAAGAAUUGUUAGUGAAUCAGUCUGCGGAUGACAGAACAGGAUAACUUAUUAAUGGCCAUUUGAGUGUAGCUUUUGUUUCUUUUUUUUUUAAAAAAAAAAGAAAAGGAAAAAAACCCUUUGAUUGUCCUUAAUAAUUAUUCAAACAUUAUGUGAUUUUUCCAGUCAAAUAUGGUAGGUUUCUAGUUA